AUGUGGGUCCCAAUGGUCCCUCCCGCGACCUUACAGCUGCGAUUGGAGCAAAACGACCCCGUCUCCAACAUGGAAUUCGCAUGCCUCUUACAUUUCCGGAAACGGAUCCUCCGUAUCACUUCCACGUGUCGACACGGUCCAAGCCGUGCCACUGAUGCGCCUCGUUUCGAUCGGUUAGGCGUCGCUUUCAUGGUACAAGCAGCUGACACAAGACAGUAA